AUCUGUUGAAGGUUCUCCCUCUAUGCCCUUGAUAUCUAAGGUUCCUACCAUGAUUAUUGGGAUGGAAGUAUCAUAUGGCUCUCCUGGCCAGUCUGAUGUACCAUCGAUUCCAGCGGUCUUCAGCUCCAGGAACUGGCCAUUCAUUUCACGUUAUCAGGACCCAGUCACCCAAAGUUGGGAUGAUAGAUUCACUUUAUAAGCGUGUUUCUGACACUGAAGAUGAUGGCAUUUCUUAGGGAGGCUUUACUGGAGUUUUACGUGAGUUCAGGCAAAAGGAAGCCUGAUCAAAUUAUUAUAUUCAGGGAUGGAGGCAGCGAGUCGCAGUUCAAUCAAGUUCUAAACAUUGAACUGGAUCAAAUUAUUGAGGCCUGCAAGUGUCUGGAUGAGAAAUGGUCACCGAAGUUUGUGGUGAUUGUUGCACAAAAAAAUCAUCAUACAAAGUUUUUCCAACCUGGAUCGCCCGAUAAUGUCCCACCUGGUACGGUAAUUGACAACAAAGUAUGUCAUCCCCGGGGCAAUGAUUUUUACCUAUGUGCACAUGCUGGAAUGAUUGUGAGUAUUACCAUAGACUUGCGGCAUUUAGUUUUAGUUUUUUUUUCCCUUCCUGAAAAUAGACUUCGAUUCAAACUUGACUGGUAGCUUUUGACAUGUUUCUGGUCACUUAUGUUCUUUCAUUUUUGUUUGAAUUCUACUUUUCGACAUGUUGAAUUGUUGAUUAGCGAGUGCCCAAUGAAUAAUCUGAGAUGACAUGAGCCUUGUCCACUGUUUUUUCUAGCAAUCCUGAACUUGUGAAGUUGUGUUCGAAAUUUAGGACCUGCCUCUUGUAGUUUGUGACUACUUCAAUAUAUGUGUGAUGCUAUAUUUCUGGACGUGACCAAUCCGGUUUGUCAUGUUUGGGAAUUCUGGACAUCUUUCCUUUUCCCAUGCCAUGGAUCUUUACAAGGGGGAGAUGCUUAACUCAUGCCCUUGGACCAACUGGACAGAUGGGGAGCAACCGAACAAACUAAUUAUUCUUAGUUGGACGGUAAAUUGGGCAAAAGUGUGAAUGUGGGCUCUCAUUAUUCUGAGAGCUUCUAUAUGCCUGCGUGAAAAUUAAGAAGGAAGAAAUUAGCAGUAGCUGAAAUCUUUCUUUAACAAUCGAUUUCAAUUUUCAAACCAUCUGCUCUGGGUGAUCAUUUUUUACUAUGCUUUGAACAAUACAAUCAUUUUCGGUACUAAUCUGACAUUUCUGAUUAGUAGCCUGGUUUCAAACCUUAACGAGCUUCAAAAAAAUGUUCAAGCUUUGGUUUGUUUAUGUACCAAAUUGAUCUUGAACAAGCUUUUAAUGAUCAAACAUGAGCUCAUUUAGCAGCCCAAAUUCCAAACCAUCCGCUCUGGUGAUCAAUACUUUUUUUUUCUUUUUCACUAUGCUCUGAACAGCACAACCAUUUUCGGUACUAAUCUUGAUACCUUAUCAUCAGGAAGAGUUUGUACUUGUCAAUUAAAGUUCUGGCGAAAAAUGUUUGGAAUCAAUUUUCAAUUUCUAUUGCAAUAUGGACUUUUCUGCUUGUGCAGUUUGUUUAAAUCUUUUCAUGGAUUUGGGGCUGGGGUUGUUUAUUAGUGGUGAUUUGGUGUUGGUAGGAAUAGUACUGAUAGGUUUGCUUUAAAGAGUGCUGGCUGCUGGUCACUUUACUAGGCUAAGGCGGAGAAUAAUAAUGUGUGUGUGCGCGCUUGUGAAGUACAGGUUUUGAGAUUAAAUAAUAAUGCUUUUUUUGUUUUUGAGAAAAAUAAUGACGUUUAUGCAUCAACAUUCUGUUGUUCCACUAUUUCUUUAACAACUUUGUUCUAAUUCUACUGAUUUAAGAAAUAAGAUAUCUGAUCUUUUAUCCCAUCCUGGACUUCCUUCUCUGUGUUGGCAGUUGCUCAGAUAUGUUACGCUCACUUGGCGGCCUCUCAGGUGGGAACUCUAACGAAGUUCGAAGAAUUCUCAGAGACAUCCUCAAGCCAUGGGGGGUUGACUUCUGCGGGGCCUGCACCUGUGCCUCAGUGGCCUAAACUUCAAGCCACUGUGUGCAAUUCAAUGUUCUUUUGUUAAUGCUGGAAAAUCCCUAAAAAAACUCUUCUACCUUACGCAAAAUGACAGGUUAGACAAGUGGUUUGUUGUAUUAUUGUACAUAUCUAUCCAUCCAGCUAGCUUUUGGUGAGCAACUAACUUAGAUAUUGUUAGGUUGUAGCAAGUCUUAUUAGGUUUAUCUGUAUUACCCUGCCAUGCACUUUUUUGGUUUGGAUUAUGCUCUGGGUAUCUGUGAAUGUAUGUUUUCCCCGACUAGUAAAUGGUUUUAAGUAUGAAGUUUCGGAUGGCAUUGGGCUA